AUGUCUUUGAGGAAAGAAGAUUUAGACAGAGCGAAACGGAGAGCAAAUGAAAGAUUGACCGGAUGGGUUGCUGAUAUAAAAAUGAAAGAUGAUUUUGGAAUCCCAAAGUUACAAAGAGAGUUCAUACACACUUUCAAGAAAAUCGAAUACAUACCAAAAGAAAUUCUUAAAAUUGAAGAUGACAAAGAAAGAGAACUACAGAGACAAAGAGAAGAGGAGGAAAAGUUUAAGAGAUCACGUGUUUUAGACGACAUGAGUGGGGCGGGGAUGUCGACAGUACCACCCGAAGAUGUACAUGACAGUAACAGUAGUAAUCUCAGCUCGGGACUGGACAGUACAAAGGAUGAACUCAGAAUAUCAGAAAGCAGAACGCCUUAUAAUAAAACCCCGCUGCUACUUGGUGACAACACUGAAAGUAAAGACACGUUUGUUACUGAUACACAAGUAGUCAAGAAAAGCGAGACGCAGACGGCACUCAACAAUUUCAUUCAAGGUCAACGUCAAAGUCGUUUGUCAAUAAUUCCGGGUGUCGUACCUGCUCUCAUGACCUUUAAACGAAGGCGUGUCACCCGAAGAUCAUUUCUGGAAGAGAAAACUGAUAGUUCGAAAAUUGAAGCAGUAACGGAAACAGAGGAAGAUCAAGAUGAAAAAGAAGAAAUAAAGGACCACUUAGAAAUCUCAUCCGUGCCAUCUAUUGUCAAGAAAUCUUCUAGCGUGCUGUCAUCGCACAAGGCAUCUGUAAAGCCGUUCAAGGCCUCAAAAGGUCCUGUAGAUCUGAUGUUGAGAAGGAUCUCCAGACAGCACAGGAAGCAAGUACCAUCUAAACACGAACUUCCAACAGUGAAAGCAGAACUGACAACAGAGGAAAAACGUCAAGAAGUUUUGAACAGAUUUAGACGUUGUGUUCGUCUGCUGAUACACGUGCGCGUGUUGCUAAAUGUGGCUAGGUUACGGAUUCAAGAGGAGGAAAAAUCAAAGGAAUUUAAACGUUUUGAUGACGGUAUGGAGUUAUCGUUUGAUGUUACUUCGUUCAAGUCCGCGGUAUCAUAUAGUGGCCUCACAUCCAGAGCUAAACAAGCCUUGAAGAAGAUUCCCAGAGAUCGAACUGAGGAGGACGCCAAAAUACUUAUGGAAAUAUUAAUUCGAUUACCAAUGUUCAUGAAGUAUUCAAAGGCCGUUAAGCAGGCCCUGGCUCAUUUACUGUGGUAUGAUGCAUUUAAAGAAGGCCGUGUCAUUGUCAAGCAAGGUGACCCGGGAUACAGAAUGUAUUUCGUCAUUUCCGGUGAGGUUGAUCUGAAACGAACAGACUACAUGGAUACAGGGGAGCAAAUUUCCUACCAUCUAAAAACUGUUCAAACUGGUGCAACAUUUGGAGAACUUGCACUGAUCCGCAACGUCAGACGAGAGUUCACUGCGAUCUGCAGAGGUUCAUCCGAGUUCCUCAGUUUGAGUAAAGAUGAAUUUAACCAUGCACUAAGGUCAAGAUGGGAAAGAGAAUGCGAUAAGAGAUAUAACUUUCUGCGUACGAGUGAGCACUUCAACGUAUGGACGGACAAACAGCUGCAGUUUUGUGCUGAUUCAUCAGAACUAAAGGAAUACAUGGACAAUAACGUUAUUCUUGGUGAUAUAGAUGGAGCCACUGACAGUGUUUAUUUCAUAACCAAAGGCAGAUGUGAAAUUGUAAGACGACUUGUGCUUGUGCGGCACCAGUCGCCAUAUCAGAGACCAAAUAUUCUACUUCCGCUCGCGGCGAAGCGAAGACCAGAUUUUCUGAAUAAAUCUUAUUGCAGAAACCGUAGAAUCAACAGCGAGGAAAUUAGGUUCCUGACUGUGACAUCACUUCAUCCUGGCAAUUAUUUCGGAGUUGGUGAAAAUCUGCGAGAUACGUAUAUCUUAGCAAGAGGUAAAACCGAGUUAUUGGUAAUAAACUCUGCCCAGUUUAGUAUUCAAGGAAAGUCGGAACAAUUACGCCGGAUGAAGAGGGAAAGAGAAAACACGCUGCCGUCCAAUAAAUCUUUAUAUGAAAAGUUUCAGCAAAAUCGAAAGUGGUUUGAAUAUAGAAAUAAGCUGUUGAAAGACAUUUUACGUCAGAAAACAUUGCCUUUCACUGGGUCGCUUCUAGAUGUUCCUAAAAGCAUCUUGGGUGAUCCAACGAUUCCAAAAGACCUCAUUUUCUACAAUAAAAGGUAUUGUUAACAUUGCAAUAAAGUUUUUAAAAUCA